AUGCACUAUUUACAAAACAAGACCUCGGAAAAUUACAUGGUUGCCUCAGCGAACGUCGCAAUUCUGCAGUGUUUGGCAAUACUCAUAAAUGGCCCAAAACACGAAAGCCCCAAAGACAUUAGCGAAGAUGAUAACAGUAUUCAUGAAGCGAUAAAAUUCGCGCGUAGUUUUCUGGAAGGCAAAAGUGACUUGCUAGGCAAUGAAAUUACCAUACUUUACAAUAUCUGGCUUAGAAAUGGUUUAAAAUUAAACAGAAAAGUUCCAGCAAUCAUUGCAAAGUAUUACAAUUGUGAAAUGAAGAUUCUACCAAUAGCGAAUAACAAUGUAAAUGCGUCAAAGUUAAAGAAAAAGCUUCAGAAAUCGGAUCGGUCAGGAAGAUUCACAGAGGAGUUUCGUAGAGCAGCAUUUUAUAAUAUCUGCCCGCAAGAUAUACUCGUGACAUCUGGUUUCUACGUGGAAAUGGCAUGGAGGGAGCCUUUCAUAGAAAACCUUACAACCAAAGGAACAUUCCAUAUUUCCGAAUCUGAAAGAAUCGAAGUCGAGAUGAUGGUCCAGAGAUCUGGGCUAGUUUGUGUAACUUGUGACAGCAUCAACGCAACGGUUUUACAACUGCCUCUAACCGCUCACAACAUGUGUAUGUUGGUGUAUUUACCAUACGACAAAACCAAAGGUCUGGACGAUAUUUCAAAACAUUUCACUCCAGGAAAUUUUGAAAUAUUGGUGAGAAAGUUGACGCAGAGUAAACCAAAGCCGGUUUACGUAACGCUACCUAAGUUCAGCUUAAAGCAAUCUGGUAUAAUGCCAGCUACCUUUUCUGAAACAGAGGACACUUUAGAAAGCAAUACAAUUGUGGCACCCGGUUGCAAGAUAUUUCAAACAUCAACACUAACCAUCAGUGAAUAUGGACUGAACACAACGAAAACUGGCCAAUCAGAGGCUACCAUGACAGGGCCCGCAGUGCAUGAUGGUAUUAAAUGGACACAAUUCACGGCAACGUCGCCAUUUCUGUUCAUGUUAGUGGAUACGGAGUACAAGCUGAUUUUUUUGGUAGGAAAGGUGGCGAGGCCAGGAGAAUUAAAGGAAGUUAAAAGUAAAAUAAAGAAAAAUAGAAAUUGGUGCUGUAUAUAG